GACUCUCACUCUCACUUUCAUUCUCACAAUCUCAGAGUUGCAUUCAAUUUUUCUCAAAACACAAGCAGAAAAGAAAAAAAAGAAAAGAAAAAACCAAACCCUAAUUUCAAAUAGAAGAAAAGCCAAAAUGCUAGAGCUAAGGCUAGUCCAAGGGAGUCUAUUGAAGAAGGUUCUGGAAUCGGUCAAGGACCUCGUCAAUGACGCUAACUUCGACUGCUCCGCCACCGGGUUCUCGCUCCAGGCCAUGGAUUCCAGCCACGUGGCACUCGUGGCUCUUCUUCUCAGAUCUGAGGGCUUCGAGCACUACCGCUGUGACCGUAACUUGUCCAUGGGGAUGAACCUCAACAACAUGGCCAAGAUGCUCAAGUGUGCUGGUAACGAUGACAUUGUUACCAUUAAGGCCGAUGAUGGUGGCGAUACCGUCACUUUCAUGUUCGAAAGCCCUACUCAAGACAAGAUUGCUGACUUUGAGAUGAAGCUGAUGGACAUAGACAGUGAGCAUCUUGGAAUCCCUGAAGCAGAGUUCCAAGCCAUCGUUAGGAUGCCAUCAGCUGAAUUUGCAAGGAUUUGCAAGGACCUUAGCUCCAUUGGUGAUACUGUUGUGAUAUCUGUGACAAAGGAAGGUGUGAAGUUCUCUACCAGAGGUGAUAUUGGGACUGCCAAUAUUGUUUGCAGGCAGAAUACUACUGUGGACAAGCCAGAUGAUGCUACCAUAAUAGAAAUGCAGGAGCCAGUCUCGUUGACCUUUGCGCUAAGGUACAUGAACUCAUUCACAAAGGCAACCCCUUUGUCAAACCAAGUCACAAUCAGCCUGUCUUCAGAACUGCCUGUGGUAGUUGAGUACAAAGUAGCAGAGAUGGGUUACAUCAGGUUCUACUUGGCUCCCAAGCUAGAAGAAGAUGACAUUGAAAAUCAAGCGGAAGCCAGGCCUGAAGUGAACAAGAAGCCUAAAGAUGAGCCUAUAGUGGAUGCCAAGCCUAUAUCGGAGAUUAAGCCUAAAUUGGAGGUCAAGGCUGAAGAUGAGAAUAAGCCUCAAAUUGAAAGCACCACUGCAGUGGGAUCCAAGGAGGAAAUUGAUCUUAUGGAUGAUGAGUAGUUUAUGGUUGUAAUUCAUCUGUCCUUUCAGUUGAAAGAAUCUGAAGACUUGGCAUGUUAGGGCUCAUUGAGUUUUGUUUACAGAUAAGCCUUAGAUGGAAUCAUAUUGAUUCUUCCAAUUUUAGAUGUUUUAGAUUGGGAUCUCGUGUUGUAUAUUGUUAAUUUCUGCUGAAGGCUGUUGACAUAUCCCUAGCCCUUUGCAAUUUUUAUGCCUUAAAGGCCUGAACCUAACUCAGUUAGAUUCUAUGGUUUAAAAUGGUUAGGUGCUGUUUGAAAAUGAUAUCAUGCAUUCUGAAUU